AUGGAAAUAAGUGAAUCACAUAUUUGCCCAAGUGAACUUCUAGAUGCUGUUAGUGAUCCAAAUAAAUCCUUCAAAGUGGAAGUCGAAACAUUCUGCAAGCAUUUUACUAUGAAGCAGAAAGUUGAAAAGAUUGAGAAUUUCAGUUAUUUACCUUUAGGAGGUGCAGUAAACCUGAACAAACCAGAUGUUACAUUUUCUUAUAUUGAGUUUUAUGGAGUAGAUCCUAAUAAUGUUCCGCAACAACCUUGUGACUUAUUUUUUGGGAAAUGGAUAGCAGAUGGUCAAAGAGAUCUUAUAAAAGUCCACACUCUUAAAAAACGUGAAUUCAUUGGGAAUACAAGUAUGGAUGCUCAACUGUCAAUUAUAAUGGCAAAUCAGGCACAAAUAGCACCCGGUGAUGUGGUUUUAGAUCCAUUCGUAGGAUCUGGCUCUUUGUUGGUUUCAGCAGCACAUUUUGGUGGUUACAUAUGGGGAGCUGAUAUAGAUUUCAUGAUGUUACAUGCUCGAACCCGGCCCACUAGGGUAGGGCAAAAGGUACGAAACAAGGAGGAAAGUAUAAGGGGAAACCUGAGACAGUAUGGUAUCGGGUCUCAGUACUUAGAUGUGCUGGUCAGUGAUUUUUCACUACCGUUGUGGCGACAGGACAUAAAGUUUGAUGCCUUAAUAACUGAUCCUCCGUAUGGUGUCAGGGAGCCAGCAGAGAAGAUUGGUAUUGAGAGAGACAACUAUACUUUAUCUGCGCAACAUUUAGACAACCACAUACCAUCUAAAGUUGAAUAUGGCUUGCCGCACAUCUACAGUGACCUCUUGAACUUUGCCGCUCAACACUUGAGUAUUGGGAGAAGACUUGUGUGCUGGUAUCCUCUCGUAAGAGACGAAUAUUUAGAAGAGCAGCUCCCUUCCCACCCUUGUAUGCAGUUGGUGGGCAAUAGUGAACAAGUCCUGUCCAAGAUGACGGCCAGGCGACUGCUCACGUACCAGAAGAUUAGCGACGAUAUCCCCAACAUGCCCCACGACCCACACGGGGCUGCCCAUAACUUCAGGGACAAGUACUUUGCUGUAGGAGAAAUAUCGAGACGAGAAAAAAAAGAGAGACGAGCUGAAGAAAUAGCAAAAACUGCCUCCUACUUAAAGGCAAAACGGGAAGAAUGUAACAAGGAAUAA